AUGUCCGAGGCUGAACGUGCCACUGGGUACUAUAAACCUCAGACUCUUGAAAAGGCACUCGAAGCGAUGUACCAAGAUGGUUUUGUGGUGCUUCGUGGAGUGAUUGAUGUUGACUUCAUCGACAAGCUGAAUGAGAAGAUGUGCGAAGACGCGGAAAGGAAGAUCGCCGAUCCCACUCAACUGUACAACCAUGGGAUCAAGUCAAAUUUCCUUCAGCGACCCCCGGUCGAUGACUCGGAGUUCCUCAGCAAGCAGCUUUACUUCAACAGCUUCUUGCUUCAGACUGUGAAAGCGUAUCUGGGCGGCAGGCCUAUCUGGAACUGGCUGACUGCCAACACCGCGUUGUCCGGUACCAAAGGUCUUCGCCAGCGAGCGCACAAAGACUCGUAUGCUCACCCUCUUUAUCCAUACUAUGUCAUCGCGAAUGUGCCUCUCGUGGAUUUCAGUCCCGAAAAUGGGUCAACAGAGUUCUGGCUCGGCUCCCAUCAAACCACGACCCCAUCUGAUCAGAUCACCUCCAAGGAUCCUGUUGCCGAGGGGUACAAUCGUGGCCGGCCCGGCGAACCUCUACCACCCAUCUCAGAAGAGGCCAAAGCAGCACGCAUGAAGAUCCGUCCACCUAUUCAGCCGAGGUGUUCUCGUGGGGACAUCAUGAUUCGGGAUUUGAGACUUUGGCACGCCGGGAUGCCAAAUGAAAGCGAUCAUCAUCGAAUCAUGCUAGGUCUCGGAUACCAAAGCCCUUACUUCCCCAACUAUGACCAGACCAUGCAUCUACCUGAGACGCAAAGAUCUUUCUUCUUGAACCAUCCUAGUGACUUGAUAGAUAUUCGAGCGCAGUUCUGGAAGCCGGAUGAGUUGGACAAAACCAAAGCUGACGAGGAUUUUGAACUCCGAGCAGAAUACCUCAAGUAG